AUGCUGCAGCCACGAUUAUACAGGCCUGCAGUGCCUUCAGACACGCUUAUGACUUCUUUGAUAUCUUCUCUGAGCUCCUUGAGCCUAUGCUCUAAGCAUUCGCACCUGCAGACCUUCCUGACCACGACCUUUGUUCGACAUGCUUCUCACGCACAGCAAGGACGGGCCAAUGGCCCUGGUGACUCUGCCGGAAGACGAUUAGGCGCCAAAAAGUCGGCCUCUGAGUACGUCGUGCCGGGGAACAUAAUUUUCAAACAGAGAGGCACGAAAUGGCAUCCUGGCGAGAACGUGGGCAUUGGCAAAGACCACACCAUCUAUGCGACGGAACACGGUUACGUUCGAUACUACCGAGAUCCCCUUAAACACCCCAAGCGGCGAUAUAUAGGAGUGGCAUUGGAAAAGGAAGGCCCGGGCUCGCAGCUGCCAUACCCUCCAAAUGCACCCUCUCGCAGACGGCUAGGCAUGUACGCGACGCCGGUCAAAGAGCCGCAAUCGGGCAAAGACACGCUAGAUUCGUCAACGAGCAGUUACAGCUAUGCCGCUUUCAAGACCGGGUCCACUCCCACGAUACCUCCGCCUACGAUUCAUCGACAGGGCACGUAUCGUGAAGCCAACGUAUCGAUUGGACGUGCCGCAGAGAGAAAAGGAGUCAAGGUCCGCCCAUAUGAUCGACGGGACCGCUGGCUGGCCUGGAGAAGACGUGCUGCUCGAGUGAAGAUGGGGCUGGAAGCGAAGGCAGCCAGAGCCACGAGAAAGUCCAAGGGCAAGAAGUCGAACAAGGGUGCAAAGAUGGGUGUCAGCCAGAGAUAG